UUAAGACCUCAACUAUUUAGGAAGGAUCAAAUGUACGACAAUGAUAUGUUAUGACGAUCACUUCACUCAUCCUUGUGAGUUUGGUCCUCCUUCAUAACGCCAGAGCAGAAAACCCAAAUGUCAUAGCCGCUAACCUCUCCCAAACUAUCACUGCUAAUGUCACUGCCACCUUCCAGAAAACCUUCUUCUUCCUGCUAGAUGCGGACAUUGUAACCAGGAAUCCGGUGAGGAUAUCCGCUAAAGCAGUCAAUGCGUCUGUGCAUAAUCCACUGAUAGUAACCGCUAGACAGAUCUUGGGAGUGAUCUCAUUUACAAUUCCUCUAAACGACGAGGGAUACCAAAUAUACAACAGGGUUGCUCGCACGCUUUGUCCCCAAUGGAACGUUCUACCCACAAGUGAUCUGAAGCUGUUCUUAGCUGUGGAUGUGUCCUCCAGCGAGAAUGUUAAACGAGAAUUCCAACUUCGUGCUGACUACGUGGAUAAUUUCGAGCUGAUAGAAAACCAGAAAAUAACCGCCAAUGUCACCCCUUCUACUCCUAUGUACUUCAAAUACAAAUUCAAACCGAAUCAGUUAAAUGGACCAGUAUUGGUGCGAGUAACAAGCGACAGUGACACGUGCGCGACUAUCUCCGUGCAGGCGGACGUGUGCCCUAUACAUGACCUGAUGUACGAUAUAGAGUACGAUGGCAUGUUCCAGAGUAUGACUAGGGUUGCUGCCAUUACUGUUACUCCUGGCUUCAGUGUCACGAAAGACUUUGUGGUGGUAGUGGUUGUUCACCCCACGGAUUACACCUGUGAACACCUCGGACACGAGCUGCUAGACCAGAUCAGACAGUAUAGCAACAACAGUAAACCUGAACCCGGUCCUAAACCUGCUCCUCUUUUCAACCAGAGAAAGAAUGUAAUAAUUUCUGUGGAGUCGACGAUGACUUAUCGAGAAUACAUCUUCCCGACCCUUAUAACUAUUGGACUUCUUCUUAUCAUCUAUCUCCUCGCUUAUGUGGGAACAAUCCUUGAGACAGAAAAGUUUAUCAGAGGAUUCAAUAUCGGAGAGUUUGAAUAUCAGAACAUGUCAGACGGUGAAGCAGAGGCCGGGGUAAGUAAUCAUGUGGAGGGGGUUGUAAGUCCAUCUCUAGCUCCCAGCGACGCGUCCGACUACAACGAAGCUAACGGGCUACUGUCCCGCGCCGACCAGGAGAUCCCACCCACGGAGGACGCCAGUAAAAUAGCCCCGACGGACUACGGUUCCACAACCAGCGCUAAUAACGGGGGCUACCGUCGCCACAAGACUAAUGAUAGCAUGGGGAGUGUGGACUACUGUGAGGACCUGAAUGAUGUGAUGGAGAUACGCCGCACUAAGGUGGAGCUAAACGUAGCAGAUCUCAGCGUACAUAGUAACGAUUACAAGUACAGACUGUAUCAGUGGAACCUUAUUCCUAUUGCUAUAUUCUACGCCCUGCCUGUUAUUCAACUGGUGGCUGGUAUACAACUGAUCGUACAUUUCACGGGUAACCAGGACAUAUGUUACUACAACUAUCUGUGCUCCCGACCCCUGGGCGUGGUCCAACAGUUCAACAACAUUUUCAGCAACUGUGGGUAUGUUCUUCUCGGUUUCCUGUUCUUGUUGAUAGUGAAACACAGAGACACCAAAUACCAAGCUGCAGUCAAGGAGCGCCCUAUCCUGGGGAGAAAGUACGGUUUACCACAACAUAACGGUAUCUACUACUCAGUGGGUUUCUCCCUGUGUAUGGAGGGUCUCUUAUCAGCUUCAUAUCACGUGUGCCCUACUGGUUACAACUUCCAGUUUGACAGUACCUUUAUGUACCUUAUGGCAGGGUUACUAAUGCUGAAGAUAUACCAGCUCAGGCAUCCUGAUGUGAACCCGCACGCUUAUACUGCUUACAUCUUCCUAUCAUUCACUGUCCUUAUUGAGGUGGUGGGGGUGUAUGUACAAACUAUCUACUUCUGGAUAUGUUUCGCAGUGCUUUACAUUGUGGCUACACUCUACUUUACCUCCCACAUGUACUACAUGGGCGUCAUCUCGUUAGACUGUGGCAUAUUCGCCAGAAUAUCCCACUUUUUCAGAACGGAUUUCUUCACAAGCCCGAAGCCCCUGUACAUGGACCGUUUUGUGUUCCUUGUCCUGGUUGUGACACUGAACUUCGCAGCCGCCAUCCUGGGCGUGGUCUUCCAGCCCGGAGACUUUCCUUCCUUCCUCUUAGCAGUAUUCCUCAUCAACUUACUCGCAUACUUCGCAUACUAUGUUAUCAUGAAGUUCAUUCACAGCGAGUAUCCGUAUCCUAUCACAAUAUUCUGCGGUGCACUGACCAUGUUGACAUGGAUAUGUGCGCUCUACUUCUACUUCUCAACUGUCACUAACUGGCAACUACCUGCCGCUCUGUCCAGAGUUAAGAACAUGGAGUGCCUCGUUUUAGAUUUCUACGAUAACCACGAUGUAUGGCACAUUAUCUCCUCUAUGGCCCUCUUCUUCGGUUUUGUGACGGUCCUCACGCUAGACGAUCACCUUCUUAACAAGCCAAGGGAUCAAAUAAAGGUCUUCUAAAGUUUCAGCUGAUUCAGUCAUUACGAUCAGAUUACAAUAGGGGAGUGAGCCUUGUGAGACUUCCUCGCAAGGCUACCUUAGCAGGACAUCUGCUGAUCUUUGAUUUCGAUUCAAUUGUCGGAGUUUUUUUGUAGUUUAGUGUGUGUGUGUGUGUGUGUGUGUGUGUGUGUUUUUGUGUGUACUGUGAUUUAUUUAUUUUUGGCAGGUUCUAUAAUUAAUAAUUGGGUUAAAGUUUCACACUAGGAUAUAUACGUAUACAACAUACGUCUAGGAUAAGAGACUGAUGUUUUGGGUUACAGUUUUUUAAAGUGACAAUCUCACAUAUUUGCCAAAAAGGAAUUGGUUGAAAUCAGCGGGUUUAGCCAGAAUGUGAGAAUUUUUAGAAUUAACGUUCAGAAUAUAAUCAUAAUAUAAUGAUAAAUAACGAGUUCUUGUGUGUGCUUAAAAUCAAUUGUUCAUUGUUAUUUAAUUUUCUUGUAUUUGUUUUAGAGGAUGGUCUUGAAGACUCUCUGGGACAUUUUAACGGGUAUUGUAUCUAGUUUCGGUUUUAUUGAAACAGUUCUUAGUAAUUACCAUUGAAAACAGAAAGGAUUAUGUGUGGACUGUGGUGCUAUGUUUGCUACAUAAUUUAGCGGUUCAGUCAAAAUGUUCCUAGAAUUGAAUUGUUGAUUAAAUGAUAAACAUCAUAUUAAAGUGUAUUAAAGUAUAUCCCCGGGCCAAAAUCUGAAAAAGCCUACACUUUAAUAUACUUUAAUAUGGUUGCCCACCCCCCCCCCCCCCCCCCCCAAUAUCGUGCUUUUCUAAAUUUUAGUUGAGUAAGCCCUCAUUAAUAUAAAUGUUGCAGAACAUGUUUCAAUCACUUUAAAUUGUAAAUACGUUAAUGAUUCGAUUCCAUUUUGAAUACAACUACGAUAGAGUUCAGAGUUUGUUAAUUUUGUUUAAAUUCUCGUUCAUAUUAAACUGAUUCGAAAACGAAAAGAUUUUGCCAAGCAGUUUCAAUUAUCAUGCUAUUGUUCAUUUUGAUUUUAAUUUUGCAAUUGCAAGCGUGA